AGCCCCCCUUUUCGAUAACAGUGACAUUUCCUUGAGUGGGAGCGUCCUGAAAACUGCGGCGCGGACCGCUUCCACUUCCUCUUCCUUUUCCGAGGGGCCGCCGCCAGUCAUAUGACCCACGGCUCGUCGGGAGCGAGCGGAGCGCCGCUGCAGGACGCGCCGGCCCGUCACUGUGUGUCUGCACCUGGACCCGAAGGAAACCAUGUCUGCGGUGAAGCUGGAGGGGUGGCGAGAGCGGAUUCGUAAAGAACUGGACAACACAGUGGACUUCUGGCUCAAAUACUCUCAUGACACGACACAUGGAGGCUUCUUCACUUGUAUCGGGAGGGAUGGGAAGGUUUAUGAUGAGCUGAAGUAUGUCUGGCUGCAGGGUAGACAGGUGUGGAUGUAUUGCCGCCUGUACCGAACCAUGGAGCGCUUCCACAAGCCUGAAAUCCUGGAAGCUGCAAAAGCCGGAGGAGCUUUCCUCAGAAAGUUUGCUCGUGUCUCCGGUGGCAGCGGCGGCCCGUGGAAGUGCGCCUUCUGCUUAACACGAGAUGGCAAAGCACUCAAAGUUCAGAGGACUGUAUUCAGCGAGUGUUUCUACAUCAUGGCCAUGGAUGAACUGAGCAGGGUCACUGGGGACAAGGACAUGCAGCUGGAGGCUGAGCAGAUGAUGGAGCAGGUGAUCUACUGGGUUCGGGUGGACUCGUCGAGCCUGGGCCGCCCACAGCUUCCCGGAGAGGUUCCCACCAACAGCAUGGCGGUUCCCAUGAUGCUGCUGUGUCUGGUGCAACAGCUGACCGAAGGCCGGGGUCAGGAGGCCGCUCAGAAGUACGGGGAUCUGGCCAGCUGGUGUGUACAGCAGAUUCUACAACACAUCCAGAGAGACGGCACAGCUAUUCUAGAGAAUGUGUCACUGGAGGGGGCGGAGCUGCCGGGUUGCCAGGGCCGACUGCAGAACCCAGGCCAUGCCCUGGAAGCGGGCUGGUUCCUGCUUCAGGUCAGUGGCGAGCAGCAGGACGAGGAGCUCCAGAGGACCGCCAUCAACAAGUUUGUGGAGCUGCCUUAUCAGGACGGCUGGGACAAAGAGCACGGAGGCCUCUUCUACUUCCUGGAUGUGGACGGCCACUGCCCCACACAGUUGGAGUGGAACAUGAAGCUGUGGUGGCCCCACUGUGAGGCCCUCAUCGCCUUCCUCAUGGCCUACAACCAAACCAAGAAGCCACAGCUACUGGAAAGAUUCUCUCAAGUUUAUGAAUACACCUUCAGCCACUUUCCUGAUGCUAAGAGCGGAGAGUGGUUUGGCUAUUUGACUCAAGAAGGGAAAGUGGCCCUGGAUUUUAAGGGAGGCCCUUUUAAAGGCUUCUUCCAUGUGCCUCGCUGCCUGUACAUGUGCGAGCGUAUGCUGGAUGACCUUCUGGCGAACUCGGACUGAGCGUUGUGACGUCUAUCUUGUAACGACGGGAUUGAAUGUCUGUUUGCCAAAUCAAACCAUGAUAAUCAGUCGUGUAAAGAAAAUUGCACUCAUUUUCAAAUAAUUUCAGAUACGUCUGCCGUCUUGUUUCUUACGACUGAGACGAUGUACCGCCAUUGAGGUUGUUGUGUUAACUUUUUCUUCACGUAUUGAAUUUUGUGAGCUUCUCGGUGUCUAAAUCACGGGUGGCGGCGAUCCAGGAUUCCUCAAACAUCUUCUGCGGAUGGAUGGAGUUCAGGAGCUUUCUUGGUGUUAACCAGUGAGCCACUGUUCCUCAAUCAUCAUACAUACUAAAACAUAAACACCAAAACAACAGGUGGAAAAUGUGCCUUAUACACUGAAGUUCUGAGCCAGCUUUCAAUACCUUUUUUCAGAGGCCUGUGUCUUUACAUCCUAUUCAUUACAGCUGAUGUAACUAUGCUACAAGCAUGCCCAUGUCUAUUCUAACAUACCGGUGAACCAUAGAGAACGGUUUAGGCUUCAGUAGCUUAGUGCUAAUCACAUGCUUCUAAUUUUUAUUAGUUGACAAGGCAGAUGGAGGAAUCACAAAAAGUUAUUUGAAUAAAAAUUUUGCAUGGAC